UGUGAACCUUCCCGUAUGGAAUCAAAGCCUGCCCACCCUGGCAGGCACGCCCGGCACACAGGCAGGGGGUCUGGACGCGUGUCGAUCACUGCAAAAACGCGGGGGUUACACUCGCGUCAUCACCACGGCCAUUACCAAUCCGGACGUGGACUCUUGGUAAUCCGACCGCAACGGCAACGACAGGCAACGAGAGGCGACGACAGGCCGACGACGACAAAGAGAGAAGGAGCGAAAACAAACCGUCAUCAUGAAGGUUAUCGUCACAGGAUGCAACGGUCUCGUUGGCAGCGCCCUCGUCCGGCAAUGCAUUGCAAAUGACAACAUCACCCACGUCUUUGCCCUGACCCGGAAGCCGCUGGACGAGGCCGUUGCCAAGAGCCCCAAGGCCACUGUCAUUCUCCACGACGACUUCUCCUCCCUCCCGCCCGACUUGUUGCGCCAGCUCGCAGGGGCCGAGGGGUGUCUGUGGGCCAUCGGCGGCAGAGCAACCCAGUUCCCGGACGUCGAGACGUACAGACGAGUCCAAGUCGACUACACGCUGGCCGCCGCGAAGGCUUUCCAGGAGACACUAGUGCCGCAGCUGCCCGAGGGCAAGCAGUUCCGCUUCCUCUUCUGCAGCGGCAAGUUCGCCGAGUGGGAUCAGUCGAAGUCGCUGCACUUCAUGGCUGACACCCGACACGUAAAGGGACAAGUGGAACGGGAACUGUGUGAGUUUGCGGAUGCGGACACUGCCAAGCGCUUCGUCGUCUACUGCGGUCGUCCAAGCGGCAUCCUCCCCGGCGACGCCGGUCUCCCUGCGAAGAUCACGGGCAAGUUGUAUGGUGCCAUCGACGCGGACCGCCUAGCGAAGGCGUUCGUUAGGGUGGUCCUUGAGGGCUACAAGGAACGAAUCAUUGAGAACGACACGCUGCUGUCGCUUUGAUUGGCCUGUGUUUGGUUU